AUGUUAACUUUACCAAAGAUUCGAAUCUUGAAUCUAUGCUGCAAUAACCCUCCAACCAGUAAAACAAAAUACAGGGAUAAUCCUUUUCAAAUACAAAAACAUAGAUUUAUUUAUGUAAAUAUCACUUUAUCAAAGAAUUUAAAACUUUUAGAUAUUUCUGAUAAUUACAUCCAUAACACAAAUGGGUGGAAUCUGCGUUUUGUAUUAAUAGGAGAAGAACUGGAGGAACUGUACCUUCAAAAGACCAAUUUCCCUCUUCACACAAUAACUAAGCUUAACUUUCCAAACUUGAUCAAACUUAAUUUAUCAGAGAAUAGUUUUCGUCAGGUACAUUCCGAUUUGUUUCAAGGAGUACGUAAUCUUCACCAUUUGUAUGUUUUAGACGUUGGUUUGAAUAACACUGCUCAUUCUAUUUCUAAUAGCCUGUUUAAAAAUCUGAAAAACCUGUUAACACUUGAUUUUUCGAAAAACGGUUUGGCCUUUUUGCCCUCAGUACUAUUAAUGGACCAAAAACAUUCUCUCACAGAAAUUAGACUGGAUCACAAUUGGUUCUCGGCUGUUCCAAGUGUCCUGACCGAACUGAAAGAGUUAAAAACGCUAUAUGUUCGGUUCAAUUUGAUAUCAAAAUUUUCCAGGAAUGAUCAAAGACUUUUUCAAUCAUUGAGUAAUCUGUCAAUAUAUAUAGAAGGAAAUCCAAUCACCUGUGCAUGUACAGGCCUUCAAUCUUUGAAAUGGAUGAAAGCUCACCAAAAUAUAUUUUAUGACCUUAACAAGGUUUUGUGUAUGGAGAGUAAAAUACCUAUUGUUCAGUUGUCAUACGAAAAAGAAUGGAGGAAGUUUGAACUUAACUGUCAGACGGAUGAUUGGCUCGUUUUUUCUGUCUGUUUGUUGUUCUUUACAAUAGUAUCUCUCACUAUAAUAGCCUCUGUCAAAAGAUAUCGCGUUCAUUUAGAAUAUGUCAUUUUGCGACUUAAAAACAGGUGGAAAGGUGUCCACCCAAAAAGCAACGAGGAUAUGUUCCUAUAUGACGUGUAUAUUUCAUAUAAUGAUGCAGACUGCUCAUGGGUCAUUGAAACAUUGUAUCCGAAAUUAGAGGUUUUGAACAUAAAAACGUGGUUUAGAGAUAAGGAUUCGAUUCCAGGACGUUGGAAGUCGGAGGAGAUAGUCGGCUGUAUCAAUGAGAGCAGAAAAGUGAUGUUUAUUAUGAGCGAGAGUUUUCUUGAAAGGGGAUGGCACUCGUAUGCUGUUCAAAUGGCAAUAACCCACGCAUUUCAUAACCAACGUCAAAGAUCUAUUGUGCUUAUCAUUAAAGACGGACUUCCUCUGGAUAGGCUUCCAAACGAAAUAAAAAACAUUUGGUGGUGUAUCGAGCAUUUCAGAUGGCCAGAAAAUGAACAACGCGAUGAAAUGAUAUUCUCAACUUUAUCUAAAAUUUUGAAACCAAAAUAAAUGUAUAUCUUUGUUUUUUAAGAGAUUGUUUAAUCUAUUAACAUGUGUAUAUAGUAUUAUAUACCCAAUAAGCAAUUUUCUUUCUUACCGUUAAGCAUAUGAAUAACGUGUUAUAAUCACUCCGGGUCUCAUCGACGAAUUUAUGCACAAGUACAUACAAAGUAUAUCAAAUUAUUGCCAUAAUUAUGGCCAAGGCGUUAACAAUUUCUGUCUGUUUGUAAAAAUUCCCUUUGUCUCUCCCUACCAUUUCGCUGUUUUAGGAGAUAUCUGGAAUUCUAAUUUUAAAUGCAAUUUAUUCCUCUGUCUUUAAUCAGUUUUGUUUUAUACAUAAUUAACCUAAGUGUUAAAUGCCUAGUUAACCUUGUAUACUAUUUUGUUCUACAUAUUAUAUGCUUUUUACAGUAUUUUGACUAUUGUUACUGGAAUUAUUGGUAUGUAUUAUGUAUGAUGUACAUCCAAGGUUAUUUGUUUUUAUAUGGAUAUAAUCAUAUUCUGAUCAGUAAGAUUUUCAACACAUUUGUAAGUUUUUUUGAUGCAUGAAUAGGUGAAUGUGUAGGCAUAAAUCGUAGUAUAAAGAUGCAUAUCAACUCAGCUGUAUUUUUUCAAGAAAACAUUUUUCUGACACUGACCUUCCAAAUGAAACAGAGGUUCCAAACCCUUUCAAUUGUGUGAUUUUGUUUUUUUAACUUCAGUUGUCUUUUCCAAUGGCAUCCUUAUAAUUUUCACCAUUACUGUGGUUAUGAUUUUGCUUAUUUGAAGAAAAAAAAACUGAUAUGUUGUGUUCAUGAUUUAGCUUAUUUGAAGAAAAAAACCCACUGAUAUGUACAUGUAUUGUGUUUAUGAUUUAGCUUAUUUGAAAAAAACACCGAUAUUUUUGUGUUUAUGAUUUAGCUUAUUUGAAAAAAACCACCGAUAUUUUGUGUUUAUGAUUUAGGUUUGUAAAAGAUAAAACACUAAUAUUUUGUGUUUAUGAUUUAGUUUAUUUGAAAUAAAAACACCGA